AGAUCGCAAUUUCGCGUCGUUGGCCACGGACUUGAAAUGGCGGGAAUUUGAAACGCACGCAGUUCGAUCCUGGCUUCAUCAUUACGAAUCGUCCCCUAACUAUAUAUGGAUAUACGCGGUUUCUUCGAUAAGAGGAAAUCCACUUCUCAAGGUGAUGCAGCGGGAUCAAGUGCGCUUACUGCUUUGAAAAAAGGCGCUCCAUCCACUCCACAAUCACAACCAAAAAAGAGAUCAGAAAAAAUUGAUGUGGCGGAGAAGAAAGGGAAGUCUCCUAAGAAGAAGAUCCCAGUGGUGAAUUUGAGCGACGAUGAUGAUUCGGAUGGUGAGUCUCCGAUACCCUCUUCACUUCGCAAAGGAGCUAGCGAACAAAAGCGUCCGCUGCGACGCCUUAUCUCUGAUUCCGAUGAUGAUGACGUUCCGCUUCCAAAAUCUUCUAAAAAGACUACUAUCAAGUCCGCCUCUCCGUCUCCGGUGAAACCUACAAGAACCAAGAGAUCACGUGUAAUAGCGUAUGAUAGCGACGAAGAACAAUCGCCAGUAAAGAAACAAAACAAACGUGAAGCGACUCCGGUCCAUGAGUCAGGUGAUGAAGAGACAAGCUCGAGCGAAACUGAUAGCGAGAAUGAGUUCGUCGAAAAAAAGAAGACGAAGAAGAAGGAUGUGCUUCCAGCGGGACAGAAAAAGCUUGCCUUUGCAGCAGCAACCAAGAAAGUCACUCCAGUGAAAAAGGAGAAGAAAUCAGCGGAGAAGUUGGAGCCAGUUAGUGCUUCUGACUUUUUUGGAGACACGGAUGUGAAAGGAAAAUCUUCCCCAUCCAAAAAAGCUCCAGCGAAAAGUGCUAAAAUUAGCCCAUCCCAGAAGGAAAAUGCUGAACAAAAGCCCGCAAAGGUCGAGCAGGUCAAAGAGAAAGAAAAGAGUAAAACUGACGAUAAACGGCAAAAGCAAAGGGAAGCUGAUGUCAAAUCAAAAAUUGAUCAAAAGCAAAAGAAGACAGAAGAAGUAAAAUUAGAGAAAGCUACAACGCAAAAGACCGCUGCUAAGUCUCAUAAAGAAAGCUCAAUACCUCAGCAUCACGAUAAACCAAAAUCUGAUGUAGUGGCAGUUCCCAAAGUAGCUAAGGGAGAAGUCUCCGUUCCUUGGGUUGAUAAAUACAAGCCGAAGAACGCAUCUCACCUGGUCGGUCAACAUGGAGACAAAAGCCCCAUAAAUAAACUUCUGGGAUGGUUGAGAGACUGGGGUCGAAAUAAUCUUGGAGAAGGAGGUCGUAUCAAGAAGCCGAGACCACCACCGUUCAUGGCACAGUCCGAUGGAGCUCCAUUCAAAGCUGUUCUACUUUCCGGAACUCCAGGAAUUGGUAAGACCACUUGCGCUGUUAUGGCAUGUGAAACCUUAGGUAUGAAGGUUGUGGAAAUGAAUGCAUCGGAUGUUCGCAAUAAGAAAUCAUUGGAGCAACAGAUCACGCAGCUUACAGGAUCCCAUCAGAUUGAGGAGUAUUUCAAAUUUCGUCCCGAAGGAGCGGGUUCGGAGGAAGAGGUUAAACAUGCUUUGAUUAUGGAUGAAGUUGACGGAAUGAGUGGUAAUGAAGAUCGAGCUGGUGUAGCCGAAUUGAUACAAAUAAUCAAGGAAACAAAAAUUCCAAUCAUUUGUAUCUGUAACGAUCGCCAACAUCCGAAGAUCCGCAGCCUGGCGAAUUACUGUUUUGAUGUGCGAUUUCCAAAACCACGAGUUGAGCAGAUUAGGGCAAGGAUGCUCUCAAUAGCUUGCCAAGAGAAGGUCAAAAUUUCAAAAGAAGAACUCGAUCAAAUGAUUGAAAUGUCCGGGCAUGAUGUGAGACAAUCCAUCUACAAUCUGCAGCUGUAUGCCUCCGCCGGUGGAAAAGCUAAGGUGCAAAAGAAGGACAUAGCAGUUGGUCCCUUCGAGGCCGCUCGAAAAUUGCUGGAUCCUCGGUCGACUCUGCAAGAGAAGCAAGACAUGUUCUUUGUAGACUACGGUAUCAUGCCGUUGUUUGUACAAGAAAAUUAUCCCAAUAUGAAGAAUGACAAGCAUACACCCAAACAAGCUAUGGCUGGAUUGCGUAAGGCUGCUGACCUGAUUGCGCAUAGCGACACUAUCGAGAGGUGUAUACGAACAACGGGAACUUGGAAGUUGCUUAACGAACAGGCUAUGCUUGGGUGUGCGUUGCCUUCACUAGCUACGGGUGGCUAUCUUAGAGCCAUGAUUCAGUUCCCCGCAUGGCUCGGAAAGAAUUCUACUGCUGGAAAGCGGCAGAGACUGAUGAGACAGUUGGCGACGCAUGCACAUCUCAAGAUAUCUGCCGACAUGCACUCAUUGGUUGCUGAUUAUAUACCGGUCUUACGCGAUUGUCUAACUAAACCACUGCUUGAACGGGAAACUGAUGGAGUUAACGAAGUUGUAUGCACCAUGAAUGAUUAUGAUCUCAUGAGGGAGGAUAGCGAAGCUGUCGGAGAGUUGGCUGUAUGGCCAGGAAAAAUAGAUCCUGCCAGCAAAAUCCUUCCAAAGGUGAAAGCAGCACUGACACGAGCUUUGAACAAAGAGCAUCGCAUGUUACCGUACGCCACAGAAGACAUGUCAAAAGGUCGCAAGAAGGCUGCUCAGCAGGACUACGAGAUAGAAAUUGAUGAGGAGGGAAAUAUCAUUGAAAGGUUGGAGGACGAUGAUAGUGAAUUUGAAGAUGACAGCGAUGACCAAGAUUAUAAGCCGGGUGGGAAGUCAAAAGCAAAGGCAAAACCAACUCCUAGUGCAACUCGUGGUCGUGGACGAGGUGGUGGUGCUGCUGGCCCUUCUCGUGGAGGGCCGAAAAGAGGACGAGGAAAAUAGCUAUGUUAAUAUGAUGGCAGCGACCUGCUUCGAUACAAGCUUGCACUUGACACCUUCUGUAAUUGCCAUUUGCUUUAUGAUCAUUCGAUACUUUUACCUUGUCAGAGAUACUUUUAUACUUAUUGUUGAGACAGGUACAAAUUUUGAUCUACGUGACCAUCGGGUAAAAGCUCCAGGUGUCUCAUUCAAUUUUGACCAACAGCUAAUUACACACUGUUUACUGAGUCGCUAGACGUUGAUUAAAGAAUACGUUUU